AUGAUGAAUGUCAGCAAUAGUAUCGCAUAUCUCAAGAGAAACAACAAUAGACGUUGCAUGCACCUAUGCUUGAUCAUGAUGUUUAUAGCGACUACCUUGAUUUACUUGAUCCAAUCUCAGUCUACAUUGGUGAGAGACAUUGGCUAUUACACUCGACCGCUCUGGGACAAGAACCCCAAUACAUUCAAAACUAUUCCACACUACUAUGCCGAGAAUGUGCCUAUGGAGACGCUGUGCCAGCUCCAUGGCUGGCAAUUGAAACCAAAAGAAAAGCUCGCCAAAAAUAAAGUGUAUGAUGCCAUUAUCUUUAGCGUGGAACUGGACUUGCUCGAGAUACGCAUCAAGGAACUAUGGAAUGUUGUCGACACAUUUGUGAUUCUAGAGUCAAAUGCAACAUUUACUGGAGUCACCAAAAAUUUGACAUUCAACGAACACAAGAAACGCUUCCAGUUUGCAGCCUCAAAAAUACAUCAUGUUAUUAUCGAUCAGUACGCAUUGCCAGCUGGAGAGGGGCCAUUUUACAACGAGGGUAAGAUGCGUGAGUCUAUGGAUCAAGCGCUGGUGGAUGCAGGUGCCAAAACCAAUGAUUUGAUCAUCAUGUCAGAUGUGGAUGAGCUACCAAGGGCUCAGACUAUAGAAAUCAUCUCCAGCUGCGAAGGAGUUCCUGAAAAGUUACAUUUACAACUGCGGAAUUACAUGUAUUCAUUCGAGUUUUUCGUGGACAGCAGUUCCUGGAGGGCUCAUGUUGUAAAAUACACUGCAGGACACACAUUUUACACACACGGACAGAUUACCGAGGAUUUGCUAUCUGAUGCAGGAUGGCAUUGCUCAUUCUGCUUCCGGACCAUACAAGAAUUCCAAUUCAAAAUGAAGAGCUACUCUCAUUCAGAUCGAGUGAGUAAUGGCGGUUUACUAUCAACGGACAGAAUACAAAAGACCAUAUGUGAUGGCACUGACAUUUUUGACAUGCCGCCUGAAUCCUACAGCUAUAAGGACAUGGUAACCAAGUUUCGCAUUGAUAGCUCCCAGUCAGGCGUGGGAUUGCCAUCUUCACUACUAAAGGAUUCACAGCGCUUCAAAUUUUUGCUGCCUGGAGGAUGUAUAAGAGGGGCGAGCGACACCUGA